GAGUCCGAAUCCGAAUCCAAGAGGAAGAAAGGUUCUUCCACACUUCGUACAAAUAACGCAUUUCUGUAUUCAUCAGACAAAGCUUCUAUCUGCCAUUGUUAUCAAAAUUCUGCGGCAAUUCCGAGAUGGAGGGUUGGGAUCCGAGUACCAAAUCAACCCUCACACAGAUCCCUUUGUUGACAAUCAAGGCCGGUCCACGUGACGGCGCGGCAUGGACACAGCGGCUGAAGGAAGAGUACAAGGCUCUAAUCGCCUAUACAUCAAUGAACAAAUCCAAAGAUAAUGAUUGGUUCCGUAUAUCUGCGGCUAAUCCUGAAGGGACUCGUUGGAAGGGAAAGUGUUGGUAUGUUCAUAACCUUCUCAAGUACGAGUUUGACCUCCAGUUUGAUAUCCCUGUUACUUACCCUGCUACCGCUCCUGAACUCGAGUUGCCUGAACUUGAUGGCAAGACUGAAAAGAUGUACAGAGGAGGGAAAAUAUGCUUGACCGUGCAUUUCAAGCCGCUAUGGGCGAAGAAUUGCCCCAGAUUUGGCAUUGCACACGCACUCUGUUUGGGUCUUGCACCAUGGCUUGCAGCAGAGAUUCCUGUUCUUGUUGAUUCUGGCAUGAUUAAACACAAAGAUGAUGUGGCCACAUCCAGUGAAUCUUGACAAGGAGAUGAUUUUUAGCAUGAUGAAACCUAAUCACUAGUUAAAACUGUAAACUUUAUGGAGUUACUUGAAAGUGUAACUUUCCCCUCAAAUUUAUCAUAAAUGAAUCACUUUGAGGAGUCAUAGUUUCAUGUUAUAUAAGCCAGGCGAACCUGGCACUUUGAGAUGCAACUGUCAUAUCUACUGAUUUAUUUGAACCUGUGCUUUAUGCCCUCAAAUUUACUUGGACAAAUGAUGCUCUUCCUUUUAAUUUAUGAAUCAUAUUGAGGAGGUGAAGUUUCAUGUUAUUAAAGCCUCGUGAAA